AUGACUAAGAAAAGUAACACAGAGUCAGAUUUGAAUAUAGAAGACAAGAAGAAGCUCUCUAGCCAAGAAUUAAAGAAUGAUAUGACAGAAGAGUUGGUACAAGAACUAGAAAAGAUAUCAAUUGUUAUACCUGUGUUAAUGAGUAUUGAAAUUGUAGAAAAUACACAAAAGCUUAAGAGAUAUCCUCUAGAUAAAAGAAGAAAUUCUAGAAAGCACACUCUAGGCUUAAACAAACUUGAAAAGUAA